UUUUCUAAUAGAUGGCGCUGCCUACCUACGACCCGGCAGUUUUGAAAAGCGGUCAGAACAAGUUCGUUGUAUUUAUUUUCAGUUUGUCAUCAUCAUGGCAAACAUCAGUCUUGAAAUCGACGACUACUUUAUGCAUUUAGAAGAAAAACGACUUAACAGUUUCCAGAACUGGCCAUAUGAAGCAGAACACGAAUGUACAGCUGCAAAGCUGGCUGCUGCCGGCUGGUAUCACAUCCCCACUGACCAGGAGCCGGAUGCUGUACGCUGCUUUGUCUGCCUUAAGGAAUUGGACGGAUGGGAGCCUAAUGAUGAUCCAUGGAUGGAACAUAUGAAGCACUCCCCCCAGUGUCCAUUCCUCAAGCUGCCCAAGACCACUGGCGAGAUGACAGUGGAACAGUUGCUCAACCUCGAGAUAAAGAGAUGGUCGCUCAAAACGCGAAAGAUCUUGGAUGCGAGGAUUGAGGAAUACAAGAUCCAAGCUGAUGCUGUCCGAGAUGCCAUGAAGAAUCUGGUGGAUAACUGACAUAACGCCCCUCUGUGCAGGACAUUAUACUGUACACUUGUUCCUAGGGAAAGACUUGCUCCUCGUGUAUCACAUGCCUGAUUUCAUCCUUCCUCUUGAACCAACCUUUCACCAACGACACGUCAACAUCUUCGUCUCAUGCAUCACACAAACACACCAUCAUCAUUACUCUUGCAUUGUCACAACUACCUGAUGUGGAGAUGGAUCACUCCUGGGUGUGUGCUGUGUGUGACUGACAGGCAGAACACAUGACUGUAUUUAGGAUUCAUGGACUUUGUAGGAACUGCUAUGUGUUGUAUAGCUAGUAAGCCGAUGUAUAUAAUAAAAGUCAACAUACAUGAUAAA